AUGUCAGCUCUCGUAUGGGCACUAUCAAUCAAAUGUGCCGCUUGGUCGAGUAAGGGCAGAGACAAGAUGAGUACAGUAACUAACGUCGAGGAACAACCCACCGAGUUGUUUACAUCGCAGACCGGCGAAGAUGAACCAUCCGUAUAUGCAGUCAGCUAUCCGGAAGGAGGCCGUGACGCCUGGCUGGUUGCCAUGGGCUCUUGGUGCUCCAUGACAGCCGCCCUAGGAAUGGUCAAUUCGGUCGGGGUUUUGGAAGCUUAUGUAUCGACUAAUAUAUUAACCUCGAGUUCGACCGAUAAGACAGGUUGGAUCUUUGGAAUCUAUGUAUUCGUCUCUUAUUUCUGUGGAGUACAGGUUGGGCCGAUCUUUGACGCUCGCGGUCCACGCGAGCUGAUGCUUAUCGGGACUGGCUUUUUGCUGGCUGGUACUUUUACUCUGGGUCUUUGUACAGAAUACUAUCAAUUCAUCCUGGCAUUUUCAAUUCUCAGCGGGAUCGGAAACUCCUUCUUGUUCACCCCUGCCAUGGGCGCCAUAUCACAUUGGUUCAACAAACGACGCGGCGAAGCGAGUGGAUUCGCUUUCACCGGCAGUGGUUUUGGCGGCGUUCUCUUUCCGUUGAUGAUUCAGUCACUACUUCCACGGGUGGGAUGGGCCUGGUCGACGCGCAUUGUCGGGUUUGUCUUUCUGCUUCUUUGCACCAUUGGUGUGGCCCUCUGUCGAAGCCGGCUGCCGCCUAGGAAAGGCACUUCGACUUCAUGGAAGGUUAUGAUGCCGGAUCUUAACAUCUUUUUCAAGGAUGGAAACGGCGCAAUGGCGGUGACCACCGCUGGUGUCUUCCUUCUUGAAUGGGCUUACUUCGUUCCUCUGACGUAUCUUCCGAGCUACUACUUGACUCGACAGGGUCUUUCGGAUAAAGCGUCCGUCACUGGAGGAGCUGCCUUUGCAUAUCAGUUACUCGCUAUCCUGAACGCCGUGUCAUGCAUUGGCCGCUACGUCAUUGGACAUGUAGCCGAUAGGGCGGGCCGCUACAACACGAUGAUUGUCUCUAAUCUUAUUUGUCUCGUGUCAGUAGCCAGUUUGUGGCUACCUGACGCCUUGGCAGAAACACCUCCGAACAAGGCCCUGCUGAUCUGGUUCGUUAUUGUAUUUGGUUUUGCUAGUGGUUCCAAUGUCAGCUUGAUGCCUGUCUGUAUUGGACAGCUGUGUCCCAUUGAAGAUUACGGCAGAUACUACGCCAGCGCCUACACCGUUGCUAGUAUAGGCUGCCUGACGGGUAUUCCGAUUGCAGGAAAUCUUAUUACGGCGACUGAAGGAGGCCGACGAGGUUUCUGGGGUCUCAUUUUGUUUACUAGCAUAAGCUAUGUGGCGGCGUUUGCUUGUUUUCUUUGGGUGCGAGUUCGAGCAAAGGGGUGGAAUAUGAGAACCGUAUGGUAG